AUGAUGACAUUUUUUAUACGUUGCAAAAGAAAAGAUCUUCAAACAUCAUCGGAUGAUUUACCAAAAUCUCGAAAAAAUUCAUCACUUUCAUCAUGUUCUCGAUGUUUAUCAUCGUAUUCUGAAGAUUUAAGAGAUAAAACAAACAAUGUUCAAGAUGAAAUUAAUCAAUUAAAAGCAGAGAUUAUCGAACUUCAAUCGAGUCAGGCAGCUUUAUUGCAACAACAACAAAUACAACAACCUGAACCAUCUUAUCAAGAAUCCACUCCAUCUUCUUUUCUAGCUAAGCGUUAUGUUUUACAAACGAGCCUAAAUUCACAAACAACAAUUCUUACAAAACCCGCGACAGUAUCGCUUUUUCAACCAAUUCAUGAAGAACAACAAGUACAGCAGUCUCAAGAGCUUACAUUCACACCAUCAAUAUUAUCCGCACAAACUCCAUUUCGUGCGCAAUCAACAACAUCAAAUGUAUCAAGCAUUACGGAUAUAACGUCAAACACAAGUUCAAUUCAAGCAUCAUCACAACAAGAAACAGCCAUAAUUAUUAAAUCUUUGUCAAAUGGAUCAGAUCAUAGAAGAAAUACGUAUGAAAAUCAACCAUACAAGUCUGUUUCUUCAAUCUCAUCCGGUGUGAACAAAUCGAUGAAUGACACUAGUUGUGAACAAAAGAGCCCAAACUCAUCGAUACAUUCUACACUGGCUAUAGUGCCAGAUAAAACAGAUAAUAACAGACAAAGCGCACAACAAUCAGUUACCCCUAUGCAUGAUUCAGCCAAUCUUCAAAAUCAAACCCUUUCAGCACAAGCACCUCGCCUCAGUUCACCAAAAUUUUCUUGCACCGUUCGAACGAUUUCGAGUUGUAGUAGUGAUUCAAGGCCUUCCUCCAUACAUCAAGCAUCUCCUUCCCCGUUUUCUCCUGUUUCGUCAAAUAACAGCCGCAUAAGUUCUAUUGCAGGUUCACUUAGUAGCUUAUCUUCUACAAUAUGCAGUUCUGUUCAACAAGAUACGUUAACAUCUCAAAAUCUAUCUCGCUUUUCUGAUUCAGCAGAAAAUAUUAAAUCAUCUAGUCCAUCAUCACUUGAUACUGUUCUCUCAACGUCGCCUUCACCGGUAAACUUGAGCUACGCACGAAAUAAAUCGCAGAAUAAUAAUAUACCACAAGGUAACACACGCUGCGAGCCAACAUCACGAUUGUUUUCUAAUCAAGGUUUACGACCAAAUUUACUAACUAAAGAACGUGAAAACAACUUUCAAACAAAUCAGGCAAUACGACCAAAGUUCUCUACGUUAAUACCAAAUGUAAAUAUGUCUACAAAUACGCAAUAUAAACCUACUCCUCACACUAUAACACCAAAUGAAUUGAAGAAUUUGACGCAAUAUACUGCACAAUUGCAUAAUUUUCGUGCGCCCAGAAUGUCUGCAGUCCAAAAUCCUCAAACAAAUCGUAUAUUUUGGAAAUAUAUCAAUACAUUCAUGAAUGGUAAUCGUGGAUCUACAGCAAUAAUGAACAAUCGCAUAUCGAGAAAUAUGGUCUUCCCGCAACAAUAUCGAUGCGCUGUGAAUCGUAUAAGGCCAAUAAACAAUACACUUUACUUUCGGUAA